GUCUCUGAUUGGGAACCAUACUUAGGCAGCCUUUUUCCCACCUAUGCUGUGGGUAAUUAUUUAUUUUCUUUGUGUGUUUUUGUGCGCCACGGUUGCGUCACGUUCGGUUUCUGUUUACCUGUUUUUUUUGGUGAAAGUUUCACUUUAUUAAAAGAUGUGGAAUUACAUGCACGCUGCGCCUUGGCUCAUCUAUGACAGGGAGUUUGAAGACAGUGAACGUAACACCUGAGUUCCUGCUGCAGCCACAGGUUUCUAUGGACAGACAGACAGAUGUCAGUCAUACUGAUCUACUCAGUCUAAUUUUCACUGACAGCACCACCACAUAAUGCUCCUCUGUCUGGCUCCUGUAUAGGGUGUUGCUUUACACCCUGAUUUGGUGUAUGUACUCUGGCCUGCCGUUUUCCAAUCCCAAGUGGCUCAUCUUCUUCAGCCACCUAACCUACUGCCUGAUGGUGGUCUACCACCUGGUGGUUUCCUGUAACCUGUCCUGUGCCACGCUCUUGGUCAGGUGCCACUUCAGGUACCAUAGAAAGACUUGUCCUGGAGGGGACCAAACUAGAGAAUGUGGAAAUGGAGCAGAGCCCUUGGGUCCUUUCCCCCUCCCCGUUCUCCUCUCCAUCUCCCUGAGACUGCAGUGGUUCUUCCACAGCCUGAUGUGUGCCUUCUGCCUCACUGUGUCCUUCCUCUACUGGAGUCUCGACUCCCCCAUGGAGCACCACCCUCUGUCCCCCUUCAACCUCAACAUGCACAUCGGCAACUCUGCCCAGGCCCUUCUGGACCUCCUCUUAUCAGCUGCGCCCGUCCACUUGGCCCGCUAUCUCAACCAGCUCUUCAUUAGCUGCCUCUACAUCCUGUUUGCUGUGGCCUGCUGGCUGACUUACAUCUAUCUGCAAGGUUCUGGACUUUUCAGGGUAUCCCAUAGUGGCCUCUCUGUGUGUGCUGGGCUUUGCACUGGUUUGCCUGCCCCUCUGUCACUUCCUAGUAUGUAAUGUGCAGCUGGCAGGCAGGGUGAGGGGAGGUAGGCUGGGUCUGUGCAGGGAGGCCUGGUGAUGGAGGGUGGGGGAGGGUGUGGGCAGGUGGCGGUCUCCCUCAUGGACCCAUCCUCCUCAGUGUUCAGUCCCAGGAGGAGGGGAGAGGUCCUGGGCGAUGAGGCCACUCAGUACCUUGCUCUCAUCCACCACCAGUACUCAUAGUCUGAACUUACAUAGAGCUUGAUGCCAUGUUUUACAUGUUCUGCAUAAUGUCAUCCAUAUGUGUCGUCCGGUCCCUGUCAGACCAAAUAAUACAAUGCUUAAUUGAUAUUAUCUUCACUUUGUAGUGUGUGGUGUUAUAAUUGCCUGAUCCAAGAGGUAACAAACAUCACACUUGCCAAAUGUUCAUCUUCGUAUCAGCAGGGGGCAGUAACAGUAUUAGUUGCUUUCAUCACUGUGUUCAGCCUUAGUCAGUGGUCAGUAUGGUCAUUUCACAUAGUAGGAUCAAUUCAUUAGCCAGCUUACAUGAUUAACAUUGAGAUUUUAGGGUACGCUAAAGUUAGGCAUGGCAGUAAUAACAUGGCUGUUUUGGGGUUGUUUUUCUGAAUAUUGUUCAAGUUUGUUCAAUUGUAUAUUUUAUUCAAGUUUAAAACUAUGGAUGGACCCUAUUUGCAGAAUAAAUACACAGACCACUGUU